AUGCCUCGCUUCACCCUCUUCGCUCUAACUUUGACCUGCCUGUCAAUUUCUAGUACGUUGGUCUCAGCACGGCCUUCAUCUUAUGCCGUCUGGGCAGCGGACUCGGCCAUCAAACGCGGUCAAGGCAAUGGACUAGACUCCAGCGGGAAGGCGUCGGUAUCCUAUGAGCACGGGGAAUUGCAAUGGGGGCUACGACUACUUUUCGAAAGGACUGGUAAUCAAACCUAUUACAACUAUAUUCAGAAGGGAGCCGAAAACAUUGUGUUCCCGAAUGGGACGGUCCAUGGAAACUACAAGCUUUCUGAUUUUUCGUUAGACCCUGUCAGGACUGGACCGACCUUCUUAUACCUCUUAAGCAAGACGGGUGAAACGAAAUACAGGACGGCAGCCGAUACUUUCCGCACGCAGCUGAAUGGCCAUCCUCGAACCGCCCAAGGUCAAUUCUGGCACAAACUAAGAUACCCCAACCAAGGUUGGCUUGACGGGAUUUACAUGGGCGAUGUAUUCUACGCGCAAUACACCAAGGAUCUCCAGCCCACUAAUGCUUCAGCAUGGGCCGACAUAAACAACCAAUUCAACCUUAUGUUCCAAAAUACCCUCCAGAAUUCUACGGUACCAAACUCAGCUGGGUUGUUGUAUCACGGCUACGACUUCUCGAAGACGACCGUUUGGGCAUCCGCAGACAGAGGGCAUUCACCUGAAGUGUGGGACCGGGCGCUGGGCUGGUUUAUGAUGGCUCUGGUCGAUGUCCUGGAUAUCAUUGGUCCUACUCCCCCCGCAGCACAGCAGCAGCUUCAAACCUCACUUUUGCAGAUUCUCAGAACGUUAGCGCCUCGGGUCAAGGCCGCUGCUGAUAAGGACAGCGGUGUAUGGUGGUUGGUCAUCUCCCAGCCGGGAAGAUCCGAGAACUACUUUGAAAGCAGCGGCUCAGCAAUGUUUGUUUAUUCGUUACUCAAAGCCGUUCGAAGAGGGUAUGUGUCGGAUUCAGAUGGAAGCAUUGUAGCUGCUAUGAAAAAGGCAUACGAGUACAUGGCCAAUAACUGGGUGGUAGCCAACAGUGAUGGGACGAUGGGAUGGACAAAUACGGUUCAAGUUGGGAGUUUGGACGGUGCAGGGGACUUCAACUAUUAUGUCGGUGUACCAACGGACCUAAACGAUCUCAAAGGUUUGGCGGCAUUCCUCUUAGCAAGUCUAGAGUACGAGACGCUGAGUUAA